GAUAGUAUGUGCAGAGCUGUUGCAAAUCUUGCCACCCAAAUUAUUCUGCGCCUGACACAUGACCACAAGCUGCCGCUGGACUUCGUUAAAUACAAAGAGGAUUUGCUUAGAAUUUCCAUCAAUCUAAAAGAUAAAAGAGCCGAUAUAAAUGGAUUGGGUCUGUCCUUAGAUUGGAUAAACUCUGCUUCAGGUGACUUUGGAAGAGCAGCUACCACUCUAAAGAGUAACUUUGAUGCAUCGGAUCCUGAAACAAGCCUUUCCUCCGCUCUCUUAAUGACCGCGUUAUGAAGGUUGAGCACUCCCUGCUGUCUCCCUACGUCUCCCCAAAAGACAGUCCAUUUCGGCAUAUACUGUAUGGCUAUGGUAAUCACACGGUUGAAGCCCUAAACAAACACCUAAGUCUGCUAAGGAAUGAAACCCUGUUUGACAAAGAUGUCUUUAAAAACCAGUUGGCUCUCUUGACUUGGACUGUCCAGGGGGCUGCAAAUGCACUUGCUGGAGAGAUUUGGGAGAUACAUAAUGGGUUCUAA